CUAUGGAGAAGUUUUGGUAAUUAGAAGGUUGAAGGAAGUACAUGUGUGAUAUGAUAAAUACUUGGGUUUUGUCCCCAGUUCCCCUAACAGCCUGGGAAUUUCCCGAUGGGAGUGUCUUUGGUUGUUCACAAUGAUUCCCUUUUGAUUCCAGGUGAGUUUAUGCUAAUGAGGUGACAAGGUAGGGCGACUGGAGAGUUCCGGGAAUGGGCAGGUCAGCAGAAAGACCAAGUGAUUGGAGGGUGGGACUUCCAGCCCCUCCCAGACCCCCAGGGAGGGGAGGAGAUCCUGGGGAGCCAUGGCUACACAACACAAACUCUGGACCAGAGAUCUCGCAAAGCUUCUGGGUGGACACCUCAAGGUGCUGGGAGGGUAAUGCUCCCAGAGGGGGCUUGGGGGCACCGCACCUCCCUCCCCCACGCCUUGGCCUAUGCAUCCCUUCCAUAUUACUGUUUGCAGAGUUGUAUCCUUUAUAGUAAAUCCGUAAAGGUUAGUGAAGUUGUUCUGAGUUCUGUGAGCCCUUCUAGCCAAGUAUUGAACCUGAGGGGGUGUCGUGGAAACCCCUGAAUUUGUGGUUGGCCGGGCAGAAAUGUGGGCACCCCGGGCACCCCAUUUGUGGCUGGCAUCUGAGGGGGGGCAGGCUCGUGGAACUGAGCCCUUUAACCUGUGGGGUCUGAUGCUACUUCCCGGUAGUUAUGUCAGAAUCGAGUUGAAUUGUUGGGCCGGGAGCUGUUGGAGAAUUGGGGCAAUGGGGUCAGAAAAUGCCACACGAUACUUAAGGUGGAGGGGAAAUUGUGUGAAAACAGCUGAAUAAAAAGUGUGCCCGUCUCGUAGACAAACGGAGUGGGUCGUGCCAGCGUGAGGGGACCUGCGGUUGAGGCCCUGGAGAAGGGGGUUGGGACUCUCUCGGGGGCAAUCUGGGGGGCCGGGGUGGCAGGACGGCCAGUGUCACUUCCGGGCGGUGUGGGCGUCUGCGAGUGCGAAUCGGGCCUCCCACGCGGGCGGCGCGGGGAGCUGCGGCGGGGGGGGGGGGGGCGGGCAGCAAACGGCGCGCUGGCGUGAGCGCUUCACCUACGCGGCGGUGAACGUGGACGGGCCCUUCACGCUUCCAGCCAGCCCCGCGCCACGCCCCCCCGCCCCCGCGCGCCCUGGGCUCCUCCAGGGAUUAAGUGGGGACUACAGGGAAGAACAAGCCGGAGGCUUUUGCCAAAUGCAACCAAGAGCUUUUGUGAGCCAGCAAGGCUGUGGGGUCGCCUCCAACUUGCUGCUUUUGAAGGGAGGGGCAGCCCGCCCUCCAGGGCCGCGGCUGCUCCCAUCGGAGGAGGCGCGGUCUUCCACUCGCCGUCCCCCGCCCCAGCAGAGAGACUGGCACCCAGGUCCGCCGGGACCUCCGGCUGCUGGCUCAGGGCAGCGAGGCUGGCAGAGCACAAGACCCUCAUGUUCUCAGAGGACUCUCUGCUCCCAGUGCCUGGGGUCAACGCUUGAGCCUCCGGGGACAGGGGGGCAAUGCCUGUCCAGGGACCAGAACGAGCCCUGCCCCAGCCCCCAGCCCCAGCCCAAACCACACGCCCCAACUUCUGGAGCCUGGAAUCCAGGCAGGCCUUGAAGGGCAGAGACGCCCUCCGCCUGUCUUGACGGUGAUCCACAUGGAAGCUCAGACGACGUGUUCACCAUCAAGUACCGGAUCUCAACGGGGAAGGGGGCUUGGUCAGAGAAGGCGGCAAAACUUCCAUCUCUUUCAUCUCUGACCAGCACAGACUGACACCAAAACUGUGCCAUCUUGCCUGAGGUAUUAAAAUGGGGAUGGCCAGCCCCGCCCCUCAACUGCAGCAGCUUCACGUGUUCCUGAAAGAUCGCUGUCCUCCAAGCCCACAGGGCUGCAGCAAGGCUGGCCUGCCGUCCUUGCCCUCCCCCAGCAAGGACCCAUCUGCAGACCCACUUCCUGCCUGACCCAAGAGCGUGCAGCCC